AUGGCAUUAAUGUGGUCACUGGGGCGGUGCUUCUUGUGGCUGAUGUUGCAGCUACUGGCGCUAGCGCUACACCUCGCACCGGCGGCCGCAUCUUUCAUGACACUGACUGCCAUCGUGUUGUUGGUCACUAUGACGACGCAGGCGCUGGAGUACGGCGUCCUGACGUCAAUACAUCGCUCCAAGUGGUACAAGACCUCGAGUUACGACGACCUACGACGCGACUUUUACCGUGGCUAUUGGCUUCUCACACUACUAUACAUGUUAGGAUCAAUACUGUGGAUCUAUUCUACUGAUAGAACAAGCGCUCGUCUUGUUUAUGGAGGAGUCACCUGCGCGCUGUGGUGGGGCGUGCAGGUGGCAUUGGUCGCUGCGCUCACCUCCUUCGACGAGGUGAUUACCAAGAUGAAAAUGGCAAUUAAGUGGUAG